AUGGCACUCGUCCGACGACUCGCGCGCUCAUCCCGCUCCGUGCAGACGUGGCAACUGCCCGUCGGCGCCCCCAGCUCUCGUGACCGCCAGAAUUCUCCUCUUCCGACGCAGUCGCUGGCUCUUCGCGCCUUCCACGCGUCUCCACAGCGAGAGAACUCGAUUCUGAUUGCUGGCCUGGGCGUGGCUGGGGCCGCUCUGAGCGCCAAGUACGUGCUGCAGGUGUGGGAAGCCUACAAGAACCGCCCCAAGAGCGAGAAGGUGAGCUCCUGGAAGUACCGGAACUUUUACGACGGCCCCUUUGAGGAGACAAUGACGCGACGUGAGGCCGCACUCAUUCUGGGCGUGCGUGAGAGCGCGUCCGAGGAGCGAAUCCGCAACGCGCACCGCAAGCUUCUGAUCCUAAACCACCCGGACACGGGCGGCUCUACGUUCCUGGGCCACGAAGAUCAACCAGGCUAAGGAGAUGCUGCUUUGGAGGUGGCAAGUAGACCCAGCUAGACAUUAGAAACACUAACAAGUCAAGAACGGGUGGGGCUCCCUUUAA